AUGUCUGAUCUUUCUAUCGCCACACCAAAAAUAAAUGGUUUCUUUGCUGCCGCCACAGCACCCGUUAUUGGCACCAAUACAAGUACUGCAUAUGCUAUCGCACAGUGUGCCAUUUCAAUAACACACGAUGAUUGCAGAAAUUGCUUACAAGUGGCAUAUGCUAACACAAGAGUUUGCACAGCUGAUGUUACUGAUGGGAGGGGUGUUGAUUCUGGGUGUUUUAUGAGGUACUCAGCCUCUCCAUUUUUCCCCAACAACACAAUUAUUGAUAUCACGCCGUUUUUACGAGAUGGAGGUUCAAGCAACAAGGGAGCCAUUAUAGGAGGUGUUGUUGGUGUGAUCAUCUUGCUAAUACUUAUACUUUUGUGGUAUCGUCGAUCAAGGAAAAGAACAACACCAGGAAGUUAUGCCAUGGAAGCCGCGGAUUUGAAAGGUGCAGUACAUUACAAUUAUAACGAUCUGCAGUUGGCUACCAAUAAUUUUGGGGAAGAGAAUAUUCUAGGGAAAGGAGGUUUUGGUGAAGUAUUCAAGGCAACCCUUGAUGAUAAGAAUAUUGUGGCAGUAAAGAAACUUCACGUACAACAUGGUAGAGUAAAAGAAGAAUUUGAAAAUGAAGUUAAGCUUAUAAGUGACAUUCAUCAUCGAAAUCUUCUACGUCUCCUUGGAUGGUCACGUGAAGGAUCUCAUCUCUUUCUAGUCCUGGAAUAUAUGCCAAAUGGAAGCCUUGAUCAAUUCUUAUGGGGUUCAAAAAGGGGCACUCUGGACUGGAACCAACGAUAUGAAAUAAUAUUUGGGAUAGCCAGGGGUCUUGCUUAUCUACACAACGAAUUUCAUGUCAAAAUCAUUCAUAGAGAUAUAAAAUCAAACAACAUUCUUCUUACUGAUGAUUUUAAACCAAAGAUAGCAGAUUUUGGGCUAGCAAGGUUUCUACCUGAGGAUGAAACUCAUGUUAUCACCAAGUUUGCUGGGACAUUGGGUUACACAGCGCCAGAAUAUGCACUUCAAGGUGUUUUAUCAGAUAAAGUUGACACGUACAGCUUUGGAGUCGUGAUUCUUGAAAUCAUUAGUGGCCGAAGGAGUACCGAAGUGACAUCUGACAAAUCAACCUCCGACUACCUACUGGAACAUGCAUGGAAGUCAUAUGAGAAGAAAGUACAUAUGGAAUUCAUUGACAUGACACUGGACUUGAACCAACACCAACAAGAACAUGUGAUGAAGAUCAUUGAGAUUGCUUUGUUGUGCACCCAAUCACCAGUUACGAAGAGACCAACCAUGUUUGAGGUCGUUUUGAUGCUUCAAGAUGGCCAAUCAUUGGGGAAAAAAGAGCUAACCAGACCUACUUAUGUGCACAAUCAUGAAAGGAGGAUCCAUAUUGGCUCUUCAAAGAAUUUUGUUGCUGCUAAUACUAUUUGCAAAAACCCAAAGCGAAUAUUAGAGGCAAAUGAGAAGCUACGCAGUGAAAGAGCAGACGCCAAAGUAGAUGUACUAGAGGAAGAGAUGAAUGUUGCAAAGAUCUUAUAACUUAGGGAUUCAAGGUCGAUGACGUUGAGGUUAUUAUGUGGUUUUAAAAAAAAAACUGAACAUAGACCGGUCAGCCUAUUAUUACGUUUUGUCUGAAUGAAACAAUGAAACAGAAACCUCCAUUUUUAGAUCGCCCAUUUUCCUUGCUUUCUCUUCAAAGUGUCGUCAAUGAGCAUCUUUAAGCUAUAAUUAUUUUUUAAUUUAAGUGAAUUCAAUGCUUUUGACAUUUAAUUAAAAAAAGGGGUUUGAAUGACAACGAAUGUGAUGCAAACUAAUUUUGGCGGACAAAAAAAUCCGACGUAAACAUUAUGUCAUGUUUCAAG